AUGCUUUCAAGACUUGCAUGCAAGCAGAAGGUACGGUCCAACUCCUUAGCCGUCAAGGGGCCCCUCUUCUGCGUUCCCACCCGGGAGGCAGGGGGCCCCCUGCCUCCCGGGUGGGAACGCAGAAGAGGGGCCCCUCUGCGACGUGCAGGCCUUUUCCAGCGAUCCAAGCGCCCAAAACGGUUAUUUGCAUGCGCUGGUGGGUAUUCGGGAGCUUCUCGCCCAGAUGCCUUUCUGAACACGGCUUACACUUCUCUAGGCAUCCGAGCCUCCUCCCCAGGGGAAGCCUCUUCUCGGAAGCAACUCUCCCCCCCCGUGUUGUUGAAGAGCGUCUCAUCAGCGGCAGUGCCUGCUGCUGCUCGGCGUGUCGUUGCACCCCCCGUUGCUUCGCGCCAUCGUAUGCCCUCAAUCCUAACUGCUGCCGGCCGUACGGCAAGGCUCCCUGAAGCAGCAGUCUUCUCCGCAGCAAGCCUUUCGGCGUGGCUCGCAGUAAAGCGGAGGUAUGUUGGCGGCUCCAGACACUGCAGUCCGUUGGACUUGUCCCUUCAGCGCGCGCCUGCCUAUUCAGAACAGCAGCGACACGGCAGCUUAACAACUGCUGCUGCUUCUGCCUCAGCGCAUGCUGCAGCCGCUUCUCAGGUGCCUCCCCGCGUACCUCCCGGACAGGAGUGCCACUUGGCUACAGCUGCCACUGCAGCCCGCUUCGCGCUGCUCCGCCAACUGCACGAUGCGGCCUUCUGGCGGGAGUUGGCAGCAGCGGCAGAAGUCCUCUUGGAAGCCCUUGCGAUGGGAUGCUAUACUGAGCUGUCUGACAGCAGGAGCAGCACCAACAACAGCGGGAACUGCCAAAGGAUAGCACGUGGCCUAUCGGCAUGUCGGAGCAACGAAGCUGCCAGAGAUAUCCUCCACGCGUUGACAAGAAAGGCUCAGCAGCAACGAGCGACUGGACUGGAAGCAGCGCCAUCAGCAGCAGAGGGUUGGAAUAUUGAUACACGGUAUAUUGGCUUGUCUCUGCCUGUUCUGAUCAACAGCUUUAAACAGAUGCGCGUCUACCCGUCCGGGCUUUUCGCGGCAGCCGAAAGAGCAGCCCAUCUUCAUCUGCAUGCACUGUCCCUGCAUGCGCUUUCCCUUCUUUGCUGCUCGUUUGCCGCCGCUUCCGCAGCGGCCGCUGGUAAGGAGGCUGCUGCUUCACCAUCGGUCAGCUUCAUGCUUGCAGUAGGAAACCACUGUGCAGAAGCAGCAGCUGAGACAGGCCCUUCUGCCACCCCCGGAACCUUCGCUGCCAGCAGCAGCUCCCUUUUCGUGCUGCCUCCAAAGCUGCUCGCCGCUGUAGCUGCUACCGCUGCUGCUGCUGCUACGACUACUGGCCUGGAGGGGGGGCGGGCUCAGAGAGCAGCACCGGCAGCAGCAGCCGCUGCUGCUGCUGCCUACUUCCACUUCGUUUCCUGGUGUCACUUGCUGGGAGCCUUUGCGCGCUGUGGGAUACCCCAUCAGGGCCUCUUCGAGGUCGCAGCUCCGCAACUUUGUGCAAUGUUACAGGAGCACCAGCCACAUCUGCUGCUCCUGCAGCAACGCCAGCAGCAGCAGAUGCUGCUUCACCAGGGCACCAGCAGCAGCAGCACCCAUCGCCACAGGCAGAUCGUCACCCCGGGAGCCCUUCUUACGAAGGCUGUUCAGGCUUUUGCCACGUUUGGGUAUGCUCACCGGCGUCUUCUUCGCUGCGUCUCCGAGAGUUUGUGCUUUCUCUCGUUCUCAGACGAGCAGCUGGCGACCCUCCGAGACGCAAUGGCCAGCCUCCAGCACGACGAUCCCCUGCUUGACGCGCUUGCGAAUACGCGUCUCCGGCGAGCACGCCUCGUAGUUCUCCUGCUCCCGCUGCAGUGCCGCUUGCACCCUCUCUAUUUGCUCUUCCAGCCGGCGCUCGUGAUAGGCCUGAAUUGCUCGUUGCCUCUCCAGCUGCAGCAUUGGCAGCACCAGCAGUACCAGCAUGUAGAUUUUGCGUGGUUUGUACGUAGUAAGGAGCGUCCCCCACAGGGUACAGCGUGCGAGCGCGCUAGGCGCGGUAACUUCUGCACUAUCCAUAAAUCAGUAGAUAAAAAGGCAGCUCUCCCCCCCCACACUAGCAGCCCUCAAGUUUCAUUGCUUAAAACGCUGUUGACGGCCUCCGCCGUGCCUGCCGCGGCUGUCACUUUAGACGGGAAGAUGGCGCGUGCCGCAUGGAGGGCUGGGCAAGAACCAGCUCGCCGCAGCGCUGGCAGGAGGCCCCAAAUGUCUCGAGCUAAGACAUGCGUCAGAAUUGCUGCCGUUAUAGAAGGCCCCGGCGCCCAUCUUACCUGCGCUGCUUGUGCUAUCUGGAGGCGGUGUUGUUCCUCGAGUGUCUGCAAUGCGAAAAGACAUUAUCACACUGUAAUCACAUAA